GUCAUAUGGCGGCGAACAGUAGCCAUGUUGUCAUAACUAGAGUUUAUGUAAAAUUGUUUUUUAUUAAAAUUGAUUUUUAAUUGACUGAAAUAUGCAGUUUUUACGGAAAAUGUGUUCGCCCCGAAGAUCGUAUUAGUGAAACAGAAAAUGCAGCUGAAUGUCGCUGCCUAAAUGGGAAUAAUAAGUGCGGUUAACAGAUCGUUUACUUUUACAACUAUUGUUCAAAUUAUGAGGGCAAUAACUUCUAUGCGAUUUCUGAGACCUGUAUAAUUUUAUUUGCUCAAAAUUACUGGAUCGACGUUCUGGUUAUAAUCAAGCUUUUCUAGGCCAAAACCAAUCAAAAUUACAUUUAUUAUGUCUCUAGUUCUUGUGCUCUUGAUUAAUUUUUUAAUGAGCCUCCAGAAACAGUGGAAGUUCCCAUGAAUUUCAAUAUUGUAUUUAUUACGAUUGAAUGGGUAAUGAAACUGCAAGAAACAUGGAAACGGAGUCGGUGAAAUCUGAGAACAGCUCAAAAUCAAGGAGAUCAAGAAGCCAGAGGGAUAAAAAUAAUUAUAGGCAACAUUCCUACAGAAGUACCAGGUCCUCCAAAUCAAGUAGGCAGAAGGAGGAUAUCAUGGCCCCAUUCCAAACAGCAGUGACAUUAACCCCAGAAAAUAGGGAAGGACAAGAGGUUAUUGAAGUCCAAAUUUUGCCGCAGGAUGACAACUGGGGUGAAAAUACUACUGCUAUAACAGGCAACACCUCUGAGCAAUCUGGAUCUACAGAGGAUGUUAGUAACUGGCCUGGUGAACCAGAUGGGGGGAUUAGUUUUGUAUGCCAAAGGUACAUUGGUACAACUUUCACCUACAUCCUUUCAGCAGUAGCCUUCCUUAGCCCUCUGGCUAUGGUAAUUCUUCCCAAAGUCGGCUUCUUUCCAGCACUGACAGCCAGGCUAGGAAUAGCAGAUAGUAUUAAGCUUCUAGCCUGCGGCGUGGAAUGCAAAGGACAACUUGUGUCAUUGGCCUUUAAAUUGGCCAUUUUAGCCAUUGGUGCAUGGGCCAUUUUCCUCAGGAAACCACAUGCAACACUGCCUAGAUUUUUUUUAUUCAGAGUAGUUAUCCUAACUUUCAUACUCAUAUCCAGUGUAGCCUAUUGGCUGUUUUAUAUUGUGCAAGUGACUGAGGCUGCAAGAGCUGCCAUCACACUUGAAGAUACUGUAGAUUAUAAAGCACUGGUAGCAUAUGCUUUAAGUUUAACAGACACCUUGUUAUUCAUACAUUACCUAGCUGUGAUUCUCUUGGAGAUCAGACACUUGCAACCCAUGUAUUACAUAAAAAUAGUUAGAAGCCCAGAUGGUGUUAGUAAAGCUUAUGGAAUUGGUCAGCUCAGUAUACAAAGGGCUGCAGUUUGGGUAUUGGAAAAGUAUUACACAGAGUUUCCUAUUUACAAUCCUUACUUAGAACGUAUCCCAGUUUCAAAAUCUAGAAAAACCUCCUCUAGUUUCAAAUUCUAUGAAGUGGAUGGUAUAAACAAUACUCCAAUACAUCAGUCUCAGUCGCGGGCUAUGUUAGCAGCACACGCUCGUCGAAGAGACUCUAGCCACAACGAACGGUUCUAUGAAGAACAUGAAUAUGAACGAAGAGUUAAAAAACGAAGAGCAAGACUUGUCACAGCUGCUGAGGAAGCGUUCACGCACAUAAAACGCUUGCAUAAUGAUCAAGUUUCUUCCAUUCCAAUGGAUUCGUAUGAAGCCGCGCAAGCUAUAUUUCCUUCCAUGGCCAGGUCUUUGCAGAAAUACCUCAGAGUCACUAGGCAACAACCCAGACAUUCUGUGGACAGUAUUUUGGCUCAUUUGGCUCAUUGUCUUAGCAAUGAUAUGACACCAAAGGCGUUCCUGGAGCCAUACUUGGUUCCAGAACCUGUUUUGCAAAACGACAAAGAGAGCAGGGAUGUUCAAACUUGGGCUUUGAUAUGUGAAGAAUUGCUCACAAGGCCAAUAGGAGAUUGUACUACUUUCCAGUUGAGGCAAAAUGAUGUGUCAUUAUUAUGCAGUAUAAAAAAAAUGCCGCACUUCAACAUAUUGGAAGAGGUGGUGGAUCCUAAGAGCAAUAAGUUCGUUCUGAGGUUGAAUUCUGAGACGUCUGUAUGACCAAUAGGUAUUUGCAAUUCUAUGGAUAGACUGAUAUAGCAGUAAUACUCAGUUUUUAUGUGGAAGGGUUUGAAUGUGAGGUGUAGGUCUGGCUAUAUGAAACUGCAACUUGACAGCUAGCUAUUGUCAAGUCGCAAUCCAAGUUUGGCGCUGUUGUACAUAUCUUUGAAUACAUAUUCUAUCAAAUCUCAAUUUGAAAAGCUUAAACAGUAAUGGUUAAUUUGGGGACAAAAAAUUAAUUUAUAUCAUCUAAAGUAAGAGAAAGUGUCACACUUUUGUAUUUUGAUAACUAUGCAAAUGAAUUAUCAUCAACAGUCCAAAUAAAACUGAAUUAACUUCAAGGAUGAAUUCCCAAUUUUUUGUUAUUGUUACUGGUUUAAAAUCGCAAUACUAAACUCAACGCACAAUGUGUGAUAUCAAUUUUUAUAUCCGCUAAAAUGGGGAAGGACGCGCCAAGCACCAUGGUCUGUGGAAGUUUGUGUGAUAAGUGAGAAAACGUACUCAAAACUUUAUUGAUAAUUAGCUUUUAUACCAAAACGUACUUAACUCUAAACAAAGUAAUUUUUUAGCACAAAUAAACUAAGUAACUAUAAUUUCAAAUUUUCUAUUAACCUGGAUUCUUAAUAAGUGUGAUGGAAUAUAGAAUUUAUGUUUAUAUAAUAAAAAACAUCUACCCCAUAAUUCCUUUUUUAUAUUUUUCAUAUUUUUAUAUGUAUACUUACAUUGUAUAAUAUAAGAUAUUUAAACACCCUGAAUAUGCAUUGUAAUCUUCCAUAAUCUGAUGUUAUUUAUAUUUUUGAAAUUCCAGCCAAAACUAUUUUUGAUUUUCUAGCCAAUACUAUUUUUGAUUGAGGCUAAAAAUAUCACUCAUGGGUGUUUUUUGAACCAGUAAAUAUUUUGUUUGUGUGUGUGUUUUCGGAAAUACCUUGGAUUAAGCGAAUUCUUUGUUGUUUUUGAACCCCUAUAAAAAUUUUAUAGAGAUAAACACAUACUUAUGAUAAGAAAUUAUACAAAGUUCAGAAACAGCAUCUGAAAUAUAUAUAGUUAGCAUUGCCUGUCAAACAGAAAUUACCAUUGGUUUGAAAAACAUCCGAUUUGAACCUUACAUUUUUUUACUUUGAGAAUGCAGACGCUUCAAAAAGCAGAUGUUUAGCACAUCCAUUACCUAGUCACCAGAUUAUCAUAAUUUGCUCAGAUUCUCUUGCCUAAUGUAUGUGGUGAGAAUCAUUUUAGUCCUAUACUAUACUGAUACUGCCUGAUUUAUUUCAUUUUGACAUAUCUGAAAUAUUUUUAAAUUAGGAGAUAUGAAUGUCAGAUAUAAGUAAUUUUAGUGGAAUUGAAAAUGUAAUGCUUUAAUAUCGUGUUUAUUGUUUUUACUUGCUCUGAAAUGCCAUUUUGAAUAUACAUAAAUAAUUAGCAAAUAACCCAAGUAUUUUUUGUGCGAUUUUGCAUAUAUUUAGUAUGUGCCAGUAUGUGCACGAUUUUAUUCAAAUUUUAUUUCGCAAGUAAUAGAUAGCACUGAAUUUUUUGUACAUAUUGUAAAUAUGUAUGGCAGCUGCUGACAGCAGUAUCCAAUUUUGAUGUAUUUGUCUUUUGUUUUUGUAUUUUUGUACAAUAAAAGUAUAUUUAUCAUG